AUGCUGUGCGCAGGAUCGAUCGCCGCAGUUCGACAUCAUCCCCGUCGCGUAUUUCUCGCUCCACGCGUAAGAGAGGAAUGUCUCAGCCACCGCCGUACUACACAACGCAGCCGACUGGUGGUCAAUACUACCCUCAAAAUCAAAACCCAUACGCACCUCAUGAUGUCUAUCCGCAAGGACAAUAUCCACCAAAUGUUGUCUACGUACAACAACCUCCUCCUCAACGAGACGAUUGGUGGUUGA